AGAACGUUAUCCAGUAAUACUAGUCUGUAUUCUUCUUCUUCGUGGAGUUUCAAAGCUCCACAAAAUUUUUGGCUUCAAUUUGAGCUUUGCCUAUUCCGAUGAAAUAUUCAUCCAAGUGAUUUAAGAAUGGAUUGCGUCUGUCUGCACUCUCAACUCACUACCACAGUUUUGGUGCAUUGCAAAGGGAGAAGUCAACCGCCUAAAUUCAGAAUUUUGAGAUGCAAUCCCCAGCUGAAUUUAAGUUCACUCGAUUCUUUGAAGCAAACUUGCAGUGGGGUGGCACUUGAAUUGAAGCUUAGAAGGCCGUCAGAGAAGUUAUGUCCUGUCCAAACUGCUGGUAUUAGAUGUGAUCAUCCACAAAAUGCAGAUUUGCCUCGUUACUAUUCAAGAAAAGAAAAGAAGCCCUUCCCAAUACCUAUUGUGGAGCUACGGAGAGCUGCCAGGGAUAGAAUGAAAAAUCGACUACCUAAAAGACGUGUGCCUCCACCUAAGAUCGGAUUAGUUAUCAAAAGUCUAGUUCCUGCUGCGUACAAUGUGUUCAACGCACGAAUGACAGUGAUUAACAAUCUCAAGCGGCUCUUGAAAGUAGUAACUGUUAAUGGCUGCAAGUGGUGUAAUGAAAUCCAUGUGGGACCUGUUGGGCAUCCGCUCAAGUCAUGUAGAGGAUCACAAGCUUCGCAACGUAAAGGACAUCACGAGUGGGGAAAGGCAGUUCUUGAAGACAUAAUAGUGCCACUUGAAUCCUACCAUCUAUACGAUCGCCUAGGGAAACGUAUUACACACGAGGAGAGAUUUUCUAUCCCUCGAAUCCCUGCAAUAGUGGAGCUUUGUAUCCAAGCAGGCGUUGAUUUACCUGAAUAUCCUACAAAAAGGAGAAGAAAGCCAAUCAUAUGGACCGGAAAAAAAGAAUUUGUUGAUGCAGAUGAAAGCGAAUUGCCUGAUCCCGAACCAGAAUCUCCAAAACCUCCAAUUCUAGCCGAGAUACCCGAUCCAGAGGUAGAACCACCAUCAAGCACUGAAGAAACGAUAUUGCUAGCUGAAGAAACACUCGUAGCGUGGGAAAAAAUGAGGGCCGGAGCCAAUAAGCUGAUAAAGAUGUAUCCAGUAAGAGUUUGUGGAUACUGUCCAGAAGUUCAUGUUGGUCCAAGUGGACACAAAGCACAAAACUGUGGAGCUCACAAGCAUCAACAACGAAACGGGCAACAUGGUUGGCAGACAGCAGUGCUAGACGACUUAAUACCACCAAGAUACGUGUGGCAUGUACCCGAUGUAGCUCAACCGUUGCAACGAGAGCUUCGGAGCUUCUAUGGACAAGCUCCUGCAGUGGUAGAAAUAUGUGUACAGGCUGGUGCUGAAGUCCCUGACCAAUAUAAGCCAACUAUGAGGUUUGAUGUGGGGAUUCCUAACAGUAUCAAAGAAGCAGAAAUGGUUGUUUGAUUGAUAGUGGUUGGAAUGUAUAAGAGCAAUGAUGUAAUGUAUUUAUCCUAAAGAUUGAAAACCAACUAUAUGAAGGAAAAUAGCAAGUUCCAAAUUCCGUCUCGAUAAGACAUGUAUUUCUAUUACUCUGAAAUUCAUAAAUAUAGUAGUUAAAGGUA